AUGUACGGGCGACCGUGCAUCCGGCGUCACUCACCGGCAGCGGAAGACGAUGACGCGGUCGCCACAAGCAGUAUUGGCGCCACCGACAGCCCCUUCGCCGCCACCGCCGGCGCCGCCACUGCCGUACCAGCCUCCGUACCAUCUGCCACCGGGGGAGUUCCCGGGGUGUUGGGGCGCCUGCGACCCCGCACCCCGCGCGCGUUCCUGCUCGCCGACUUGCCGCGCGCGGCUCCUGCGGCAAACAACAAGAACAACAAGAACAACAACAACAACAACGAUAACAGCAACAACAGCAUCCGCAACCACGCUGCGGCAGCGGCACUAAGCGCCGGCGGCGGCGGCGUGGAGCCCAGUUACACACCGGAUUCGUCCACGCCAAGAUCCGGUUCCGUCGGCAAUGCACAGGUCAGCUACAGCUCCGCCGGCGGCGCCGCUACUGGCGGCACCGCCGCCGUCGCCGCCGCUGCUGGCGGUGGUGGCGAUGACUUGUACUCCUUUGAAGCCACAGGUUCGGGACGGUCGGCGAUGGAGUACCAAGCCAUGACGUCAGCGCUGCCGCCGCCGUCGCCACGCCGCCGCCGCCACGACGGCGACGGCGGUGACCGCGGGCUCAAGAGGGCAUCGCGGGGUUUACAGCACACGCGGACGAUAACACGAUACGGCAGCCUGGCGGCGGCGCUGGCGCACACAGGCGACGGCUCGCUCAGCGCCGCAUCCUGGCUACAGCCACCACCGCCGGUGACGCCGCCGCCACCGUCGCGAAACAGCGUCCCGCAGCAGCAGCGGCCGGAGCAGCAGCAGAUGUUGACUCAACAGCUAUCCGAGUCGUACGGAUCUCAAUAUGUCGUAUCCACGUUGCAAAACAUGUACGGCGGAUCUACAGGGCUGAGGCCGCAGCUGCAAGCCGGGACGUGGGGUCAGGAAAGGUCGAUGCCGACGCCGACGCCGCCGACGACGACGACGCAGCAGCAGAGGCAGGCGGAGGUGUUGGCGGAGAGCGGCUACCGGGUGCUGCUACAGCUGGCAGCCGCCUGGUCCCCGCGCGCCGAAGUCGCCAAGUCGCCGAAAAGGUUCACAGCUGGCGGUGACGGCACGUCCUCACUGUACGGCGGCGCCCGUGUAGCCACGGCGGCGGCGCCUUCCGCCGCUGAUCGCGCUACUUGGGCGCUACAGGGUGGUGGCGGCAGCCGCCUCAAUGAC